UAGAAAUAUUUAAUAUCAAUAGGCAGGAUGCCUGAUACUGACUUGUUGGUGCCACUGCUGCCUUGUGUGAGGGUUCCAGGGUUGGGAGACAAUGUUUAUAAAGAAGAAUGCUGCUUCUCAUUUGAUACACCGAAAUCUGAUGAUGGUUUAUACAUCUGUUUGAGCACUUUUCUUGGUUUCAAUCGCAAAUAUGUUGAGUUAUUCCAUGAAACUACUGGCCAUAAACUUUUUCUUCACAUGAAGCAAAUAAAAAAGAUUUUGCCAAAGUCAGAAGAAGCAUCUCCAGUCGAAAAAAAGAAACCAAAACGACUUGCUAUUGGUAUAGAAGGUGGUUUUGAUGCAGCUAAUGGUGAAAAGAUUGAAUAUGAAGAUGUCAAUGAACUUGUUAUUCUACCCGAGUUUAAAGUUAUUGGUUUAGAUAACAUAGAGGAAAUCCCAUCAGUGGUGCUUGCCAGUGUCAGUGGGAUUCUUGCUUCAACUUCUGCAUCGAAAAAAGAAGAAGAAUUAUCGUGGGAUGGAGAAAUAAGACCUGUGUCAAAACAUGCAGAGAACCUACAACAACUCGAUAACGGGGUAAAGAUUCCCCCUAGUGGCUGGAAAUGUUGCAAGUGUGAUUUAACAUCGAACUUGUGGUUGAAUUUAACUGAUGGAAAAAUUUUGUGCGGUCGACGUUACUUUGAUGGAACAGGAGGAAAUAAUCACGCUGUGGAUCAUUUCAAAGAAACUAAAUAUCCACUUGCCGUGAAGCUUGGGACCAUCACUGCUUUUGGUGCAGACGUUCACUCAUAUGAUGAAGACACCAUGGUAGAAGAUCCUCAUCUUGCUAAACAUCUUUCACAUUUUGGAAUCAACAUGAUGAAUAUGCAGAAGACAGAACAAACUAUGACGGAACUAGAAAUUGAAUUGAAUGAAAAAGUUGGGAACGAAUGGGAUCUCAUACAAGAGUCAGGAAAAAAUCUAAAACAACUCCAAGGUCCUGGUUUGGUAGGUUUGAACAACAUGGGGAACACGUGUUAUAUGAACUCUGUUAUACAAGUCCUAUAUAGCAUACCAGAGUUUAUGGAGAGGUAUACCACAGAAGAUAGGUGCAGAGAUUUGUUCAAGAGAAAGUUGUCAACACUGGCUAACCUACAUUCUAAUGGUUGGUCUGCUGCAAAGGCUUCAAAUGAAAUCCAGAAUCGAGUUUUAGAAUCCUCGGGUGACUUCUCGAUACAAUUAUGCAAAUUAGGUCUUGCACUUACUUCACCAGACAUGUUGAAACAUCAAGAUUCAACAAAACAGGAAGUGACCUCGUGCUCUGUGACCCCACGAACCAUGAAAAGGAUUGUGGGUAGGGGUCACCCAGAGUUUUCCACCAACAGACAGCAAGAUACGCAUGAGUUUUUACUUCAUGUUCUCUCAGUAAUCGAGCGUUCCGAACAUAAAAACGGAUCAGUUUCUCCAGGAGAGGUGUUCAGGUUUAUGGUGGAAGACAGGAUUGAGUGUCAAGCAAGCAAACAGGUUCGUUACACCAAACGUAGCGAUUAUGCUCUUGCUCUACCAAUACCCCUUGAAGCUGCUGCUAAUAAAGCUGCUGUAGGUGAAUACCAAGCAGUGGUUGAAGCAAACAAGAAAGAUGUUUCAGUUAAAGUGGGCGAGGUGGUUCGUCUUUCUAUACCAUACACAGCUUGCAUUGAAGCGUUCGCACACGAUGAACUUAUCCAAGAUUUUUGGAGCUCAGCAGUAAAGGAAAAAGCAGAAGCAAAGAAACGAACUCGAUUCGUGACGUUUCCUGAUUAUCUCGUUGUUCAAAUGAAGAAGUUUACAGUUGGGGAAGAUUGGGUGCCAAAGAAAUUAGAUGUCAGUGUUGAGAUGCCGGACAUUUUAAACUUAAACGACCUCCGAGGUGGGGGGUUGCAGAAAGACGAGACGCUUCUCCCCGAUAUUGAGCCCCCUUCAGCCCCCCCUAGUGAGCCGUUAAUCGAGAUUGACGAGGAAGCCGUGAUCGCGAUCAGCCAGAUGGGAUUUCCCCUAGCCCGAUGCCGUGAGGCGCUGGUUGCCACGGGUAACAUGGGUGUGGAAGCCGCAGUUAUGUGGUUGAUGGAAAACAAUACGCCAGAGCCAGCAGGUGCAGCAGCAGCACAACCUAGUGGAGCAAGUGACGGGAACGUAGCUUCGAUUGUUGCAAUGGGGUUUACCGAAGGUCAAGCUAAGAAGGCUCUUCACGCUACAGGCAAUAACCUUGAAAGAGCAGCUGAUUGGAUAUUUUCACAUCUCGACGAAUUAGAUUCAAUUGAGGUGGACACUCCCCUUGAACCAGCCAAUCAGGUGGCAGCUGGUGACACACCCAUGGAUACAAGCGCCAACCAUUUAAAAGAUGGUUCAGGAAAUUACGAAUUGUUUGCAUUUAUUAGUCAUAUGGGAAGUUCUACCAUGUGUGGACAUUAUGUGUGUCAUAUUAAAAAGGAUGGGAGGUGGGUGAUAUUUAAUGAUGAAAAAGUAGCUGAAUCGGAGCAACCACCGAAAGAUCUUGGGUAUAUCUAUUUCUACAAGCGAGCGUGAGAUUUCUAUGUCAAUAUUUCAAUCUACUGUGUCCCCUGCUACAUAAACAUCAUAUAUCUCAACUCUAAGAUAUCUAUGGUGCAAUGCUCCAUGCAUGUUGUGUUUAUGGUUCACCCAUGUUAGGGCUGAAGCAUGAAAUUAAAAUAAAGUUCAAAUUUAUCUCA